CGGUAACGGUCGAAAUCGACCGUUACCACACUGUAGCAGUGCUACAGUGCUCCAACGGUCAAAUUGACCGUUGGAGCCCUUUCUCCUCCUAUUUAAACCAAUCUUCUCUCCCCUAUUUCAUUAUACUCUCUUAAACUCUCUCUCAAACCAAUUUUCUCUCCCGUAAUUGGUCAACGUUUGCAUUGAUUCAUACGAAGGUCCGCAAUAGACUCUCCUACAGACGGUUAGAGAAACUAGUAUAUGUCCAUUAUAACAUGCGGCUAAAAUUACGAUGUGCUGAGUUGGAUAAGGAGCCAGAGGAACCAGAUAUUGAUCCCAUUGACCUCCAAUUCUACAACGAAGAUUCAGAGCCAAUGUUAGAUUGGGUUGAAGCAGCAGAGAACCAAGAGGAUCCUCUACUUGAUGAGGCGGGAGAUCCUCAGCGUCCUUCGCGUUUUAUCACCGAGGCAAUAGAAGAAGAAGAAGAAGCACAACCCCAACAGGUGGAAAAUCCCCCUCGAUUACAACAUGGUAUGAGUCAAACUGCUCGAGGAACUACCGAUACCCAACGGUCACACUCGUCCGCCCAACGUGCAAAGGCAAAGGGGAAGGCAGUAGCAUCAGUUGCAUCGUUGGAAAGAAUCGAGUCGGGCGACGAGACACCUUCACAAUCACAUUCUCUUUCUCGCUCGGUCCAGAGACAUGAUAGCAACACGGACAGCAGUGCCUCAACAGAUGAUGGCGGUGAUACCGGGCAGUCGUUGGUCUCGUCUGCACAACUUGAGGGUGGUGAAUGGACUGAGGAGCAAUAUUUUACACAUGCCACUCAAGAUUCAGAUCAUGGAACUCGACAAGGUACUGGUCAAGUUUAUGCGCGGAAGGGAAAGGAGAAGGGGAAGGCAGUGGAUGAAUAUGAACAAAUGCGACAGAGCAUACAUGAUAUAGACACAGAAAGAGACUCAUCGUAUUCACAGCAAUCGUAUUAUGGAGAAUCAUAUGGGCAACAACAGUAUGGUGAUAGUUGGUCAUCCUUCUCUGAGCAACAGCAUGAUACAGAACAACAUCAAUAUAUGCCUCAAGAGCUGCCUCGAACAAAUAUGAUUCAUGACGAUCAAUCUACGAUCAGCACCACAUUGAUGCAUCAAUGGCAUACGGUGUAUCAAUACACUAUGUCAUGGGAUCAAUUUCAUGAUUGGGUCCAACAAACGUAUCAUAUUGAUAUGUAUCGGAUCGAGGACCCUGAUCCACCACCCGUGGAGGCCCGUCGUUCGUUUUGGUGGUAGAAUUAACAAUCAGGUAUUUUCGGAGGGUUAAAUCGGUGAAAUCGGGUGUACCGCUCGGUACACCUCGGUAUACCGGUCGGUACACCCGUACCGUACCGUACCGAGCGUGGGUCGAAACGCCGGUACGGUACGGUACGGCGAACCUUGUG